AUGGUGAAGCUUUUCUGGGUUAGCAUUGUAAUAGCACUUGUUUUCAUCAAAUUGGUUGAUGCAUAUCACAUCAAUGAAACUGAACUCUCUAUCUUAGAAGCUCAUGAAGGUUAUUCUUUUUCUUCCAACCUUGUGAAUCAGCCUCGCAUGGUGGGAAUCACCUUUAUUCAAUCUGCUGCUGCUAAAGGAGCUGUCUGCUUGGAUGGAACAUUGCCUGCUUAUCAUUUCGACCGCGGAUACGGAUCGGGAGCAAACAGCUGGAUUGUUAACUUAGAGGGAGGUGCGUGGUGUAAUAACGUUAGAACAUGCGUUUAUCGCAAGACUACACGGCGUGGAUCAUCAAAUUUCAUGGAGAAGGCGAUACCUUUUACGGGAAUAAUGAGCAAUAAUCCUCGAGAGAAUCCAGAUUUCUUUAACUGGAAUAGAGUGAAAAUUCGUUACUGUGAUGGUGCUUCUUUUACCGGUGAUAGUGAAAAUAGGGUAAUUCCUGGCAAUCUGAUACUCAACAUGCUUCUCCAUCACCUCUCACCUAAUAGUUUUCACAUGGGAAGAACUCUCUUGCACCACACCAUCAUUUGCAACAAUGAAAGAGCAUUGAAUGUUGAAUGUACUUCUGAAUAA